AUGGGAAUAUCAAGCUUAGUCUUAUCUACGAUCUGCGCCAUGGCUCUUGCCCUGGUCUCUAUCAGCCAAGCCCAAAACUCCCCACAAGACUUCAUCAAUCCCCACAACGCUGCCCGUGCUGCGGUUGGCGUUGGGCCAGUGUCUUGGAAUGAUGCGGUGGCGGCCUACGCGCAGGACUACGCCAACAAGAGAAAAGCCGACUGCCAGCUCGUCCAUUCCAAUGGCCCCUAUGGCGAGAACAUCUUCUGGGGUGGUGGCCCAGGAUGGACGGCGACCGUUGCCGUGAACGACUGGGUCUCGGAGAGGCAGUACUAUGACUACGCUAGCAACAGUUGCGCCGUAGGGCAGGUUUGUGGGCACUACACUCAGGUGGUAUGGGCCAAAUCGGUGCACAUCGGUUGCGCUCGCGUGGCAUGCGAUAACGGCGAUACCUUCAUUACAUGCAACUACGAUCCCCCGGGCAACUACGUUGGGGAGCGCCCCUAUCCUUAG